ACCGCGUGUUCAUUCUUGACAGGCGAUUGCAGAAAAACGGCAAUAUUAUUAUUUCCAGUAGUCCUAUUUAGAAUAUUGCCUUAAUUAACUAGAAAUUGUUGUCAUUUUCCCUAUAACAUUAUAAUAAUCCCCUGCAAUGCACAAAAUUAUUAAAUAAUAAAUUUGAGGAUUUUAAAUUAAUUAUUUAAAAUAUUUUUAAUCCCAAGGAUUGAAUAAAUAUUUUUAAACAUCAUGAAUAAUUGUAUAUUUAAAACAAAGGAGGAAGCGAUGAGUGCGUAAUUAAAAAAUAUAUUACCUUCUUAAAAUUUUAAUAUAAAAAUGAAGCAAAUAUUUUAUUGUACAUUUCUUUUAAUAUUAACAAAAGAAGCCUUAUUGUUCUCUAAAGUGAGAAAAUGUUGCCAACAAGAAGAAAGUUUACAACAUCUAGAUAGAGAUCUUUCAUGUAUAAAUUCAACACUCUUAGUUGAAUUAAAUAAUUUAAAUCCAAAUUCAAUAGGACUUCCAGACUGUCAAUUGUUAGGAAAACAUUUUUACCUCUCUCUAAAUAAAAUACAUGAUAAUAAUCUUUACAUUUCAUCCUCGGCUUGUUUAGAUCAUUUAUAUAACAAUCAGACAAAAUAUAAUUCACCAAUUAUUGUAUAUUGUGAUCAGGAUGCAGGAGACCUUUAUGAUUCAAAAAAUUCACUAAUUUUAAGAACACCGCAAGUUCUGAGUAUUAGGAAAUGUUGUUCAAAUGGAGAAUACUUUGACGUAAAAAGAAAAUUAUGUGUUUCUUCAAAAGAUGAAGUAAAUUUUAAAACAUUUCUUAAUAUCUCGAAUGAAGUAGAUUUAGUAGUUGUGGAUAUAAGUGCACCCUUAUGUGAAAAAACUCUCGUCAAUUAUGUGAUAGAGUCAUCAAAAAUUUACAAACAUCAAGGAAAAAUACUGGCAAAAGUACCUUGGAUGGAAGAACCGAUAGAUAUAACGAGGCUGAAUGACGUUGAAAAUAUCUGUUUGGAUAUUGAUAAUUCACGUAAUAUUCUUGUUGCACGAAUUUGUAAAGAUCGCGUCUAUUGUAAUAAUAAUUCAUGUCUACGAAAAUGUUGUCCCGAAGAUGAGGCAUUUUUGUCUAAUACAAUUUGUACAAAGUAUUCUGUGAAUAAUGUUGAAGAUGAAUUUCAUUCAGCGCUUGUCAACGCAACAAAUUUAUCAAAAUCUAAUUUCGAUACAAAUGAUUAUGGCCUUCUUGUUGGGAUAACUUGCAAGCACAGCAUGUUUGCCCUUAAUUCAACAGAAGGAUGGUCUGUGACGCCGGAAGGAUAUAUUAAUAUUGAAUUGUACGAUAAAUUUCACUUUCAUGAUGAAUAUUGCUUGGAGAUGUUUUAUAAUUAUUCUGACAAUGGUAAUGAAAUUUUUUCAUUUUUUUGCCACGAUGAAAUAAUGAAUGAGACACCAAAAGAAAUACGUAUUCUUGAAGGAGUACUUCAGUUAAUUAGUAGCUUUUUUCUUCUAAUAACACUAUUGGUAUACAUUUGCAUACCUUCUCUAAGGAAUUUACAUGGUAAAACAUUAAUGUGCCAUGUUGGUAGUCUUUUUUUUGCCUACGUUUGUCUAUCUUUGGUAACACUUGACGUAGCAAAAAGUCACGAAGCUGGAGUUAACGAAGAUCCACUUAUAAAGACUUUGUGCUCAAUUCUUGGAAAUACUUUGCUGUUUGCUUUUAUUUCAUCAUUUUCGUGGCUCAAUGUUAUGUGCUUCGACAUUUGGUGGACAUUUAAAAGUACAAGAUUACGAAAAGGUACUACUCAAAGUAGAGGACAGAGAAAAAGAUUUAUUAUUUAUUGCGUUUAUGCUUGGGGUCUGGCCUGUUUAAUAACAUCUCUCUGUAUAUUAGUGGAUUAUACUGAUAUUUUUAAAUACAAGAAUCGUCCUCGAAUUGGUGUGGAUAAAUGCUGGUUUAUAAGUGGACUUGGUAAUGGAGAGCUAAUUUUUUUCACAGGACCAGUGUCGGUCAUUUUGUUGGUUAACUUAAUAUUUUUUAUUAUGACUUUAAGAAAUUACAAUAAAGUAAAGAGUCAGAUUAAAAAGGUUAUGUUGGAACCUAUUGAUCAGAAAAACCGACUGUUUGAAGCUGAUAGGGACAGACUAGUUAUGAACGUGAAACUCUUUAUUAUCAUGGGAAUAACUUGGAUAUUUGAAAUAAUAUCAAAUUAUUUUAAUAUUUUAUUUCCAUAUCAGUUGGAAUAUAAAAUCCUUUUAGUCUUCGAUAUUGUGAAUUGUCUUCAGGGUGUUUUUAUAUUUAUUCUUUUUAUAAUGAAAGAAAGAGUGUACAACAUUUUAUUCCAGAAAUUAUUUGACAAAAAUUUUACAAGUAAUACAAAGAACACAAGCAAUAAUAGUAAUCAAAAAAAUAUAAAGAAUUCAAGUAAAACAACAGUAAUGACCACUUUUACCAUGUUUUGUAAUGUUAAAUAAUUACCGAUCGUAUUAAUCAUUUGAGAAUCAGAUUUCAAAUAAAAAAUUUUUUCCGUCCGUUAUUUUUAAUCAGACGGCAAGGACCUACUUUCCGCCCACUGUAUAAGCACAUGGAAUAUCGCGUUUAUCGUGCAUGUUGGACAAAAAAUAUUUUUAAUGCUUACAAGUCUAUCAUUUUAAAUUCAUUAUUAUACUAAGUGAAAGACUUUUCGACAUGGACACAGAAAUUUUUUUCUUCUCUUAAAUUAUAACUAAAACAAUUUAAAUAUAAUUCAUUAAUCUCAUUUUUUUUAUAAGUUGUACAUAUGUACAAAAGUACUAUAUUUUCUUAGUAGACUUUGCCAAGUGCCUAUGGGAUAUGAGGAGAUCCUUUGGGACAAACAUUUCCUACCUUUACACGUAAAUGAAAAUACCUUUUUUAUAAAUUGCUUUUCAAUAUAGCUUAUAAGUGCUUUCUUUUAUAAAACUCCUUUGGGAGUAAUAGAAUCAAAUGGCCUUAAAAUCGAAAGCGCUUCCAAUUAAGGGGUCUUGACACUGUUAUAUAUUGGUCAAAAAAAUAUAUUUUUUUAAGAAUCACCAAAUUUUUGAAUUUGAAUAUGAAAAAAUAUACAGUUCUAUUUCAGAACCGAUUUUAAACCUUGUUCAGCAAACAAUGUAUGUUUUAGAAAUUAUAAUUUCUUAUUUUUGGAAAUAAGUCUCGAAUUAUGUAUUUCAACCUUGAUCUCCAACCAAUGUAAAUUUACGAAGUGAAUAUAUUUGAAAGCAGUAAUAAAUUAUUUGAAACGAA